CUCUCCAUCAGCAGUUGUUGCGUCGGCGCUGACGGGCUGAGCAUACAGUACACCCAUUAAUUCAGACACAAAUAGAGAUCUCUCUGCGUAGGCUAUUUCUUUGUAUUUUCCCUUAUUGUUCGAUCCUCCUCAGAAAAAAUGCGUGAGUGUAUCUCUGUCCAUGUAGGUCAGGCUGGAGUYCAGAUUGGCAAUGCCUGCUGGGAGCUCUACUGCCUGGAGCAUGGGAUCCAGCCGGACGGGCAGAUGCCCAGCGACAAAACCAUCGGCGGAGGAGAYGACUCCUUCAAUACCUUUUUCAGUGAGACUGGGGCUGGAAAGCAUGUCCCCAGGGCUGUGUUUGUGGACCUGGAACCCACAGUUGUUGAUGAGGUGCGCACUGGGACYUAUCGCCAGUUAUUCCAUCCUGAACAGCUCAUCACUGGCAAAGAAGACGCUGCCAACAACUACGCUCGUGGACACUACACUAUUGGCAAAGAGAUCAUCGACCUGGUGCUGGACAGGAUCCGCAAACUGGUGGNCAUCGGGUUGAGACACAACAUGCUCUUGAAUACAGGUUGUAUUAGUCUGUGA